AUGAGCAUUUAUUCUGCAACGAUGCAUCUUAUCAUUCACAAUAAAUCUCCCGGUUCUUCAAUGCUUUCACUGCCUCGAACCUUGUGUCAUGGGAACCUAGAGAUCCCUCAAGCUGAAUUUGCUGUCGUUCGAAGCCAAGGUCGUAAUGAGGUACUCUGUGCUCUUCUGAGGAUCAUGAAGGCGUUAGGGGCCGGCGGGAAAGACUCCGGUAACGCCAAGCCCCUACCCACCUCAGCACAAGAGCUCAUUCGGGGCGGGAAUCCUAACCUGUCACAGACACAAACAGGAGAGUUUGACGAAACUAACGAACACAAAUCGAUCCAGGCGGCUAGGAAGACCAAUGAUCCCUGGUCAAACGGAUAUGUGGUCCGUUCCACGACUCCACGAAAGACAGGGUUGAUAUUGACAAGACUCAGCAGCCUUGGGCACCGCUUGGUCAUUUCCACAGGUUCAAUUCGCAAUCUUGGUGGUACUGUUCGUGGUGCAUCCUGCCACUUUGUCAACUACAAUAUCAUGCCUGGCAAUUUCUCAUAUGACAAGGACGCGGCGGCUUCGAAAGCUUUUACUUCAAAACUUAUACCCUUCUGGCAGGAUCUCGCCAAGUCUCUGGAAGAUGCGAGACCAUCAUCUCCACCAGUUGGAGAGCCAGCCGUUCCCAUGUCCGCGCACGAUCGCGAAUGGGAGCCCCUAAAGAAGAAAGAAAGACCAGAAAGGCUGAACCUGACGCUGGAAACCAAAACCGAACUCAUGCAAGCCCAUCGUCGAAUGAGACUUGCUGUCAAACAACUGGCUCCAAACCUGCCAGUUGGCCAAGAAACAGGCAUCGUUACAACUGGCGGCAUUGAGCAAUUCCCUGUCCUACUCGUAUCUCUCCGCAUGCUGCGUCGGACGGGAUGCAACCUUCCAGUGCAGGUCUUUGUGGGCGACCAGGAAGAACACAAUCAAGUGCGCUCUACUUGUGAGGGAGUCCUUCGGACCCUCAAUGCGCGAUGCUUCAUCGUCUCGGACGUAUAUUCCAAGGCUGCUGCAGCCACUCCAAGUCACUACCAGUUCAAGGUCCUUGCCAUGCUCUUUUCUUCCUUCAGGCACAUGCUUUUUCUCGAUGCGGACUCGAUGCCUGCGCAAGAUCCAACACCGCUUUUCAACUCCUCGCCAUACACUACACAUGGCCUCGUCACAUGGCCUGAUUUUCACGCCAAUACAGCAUCGGCCAGUUUCUAUCACAUAGCUGGCCUUCCCGUGCCGCCCAUCACCCGUGGAUCAGAAUCAGGCCAAAUGCUACUGAACAAGCAUGUCCAUCGUGAAAGUCUGCUCAUGAUGGUCUACUACAACUACUACGGACCCGAGUAUUACUAUACCCUGCAGGCUCAGGGCGGGCCAGGCCAAGGCGACAAAGAGACCUUCGUCGCCGCUGCCCUAGCCGCCAAUGCCCCAUUCUACGCCGUCAAGACGCCCAUUCGCGCCCUGGGCUUCCACCGAGACGGGCAAUUCAUCUUUGCCGGCGCGGCGCAAGCAGAUCCCAUCGAGGACGCGCAGUACGACCCGCCAGCACCGAAUCCCAUGCUACCAAACUACCAGUGGACAAAGACGGACAAAUAUCGUUCUGGAGAGAUUGGAGCAAGAAAGGCCAGGGCCUUCUUCGUCCACACCGUGUCCGACCAUUCCAAGAUCAACCCCACAAAGGUUCUUCGGAUUGGGGGAAAGGCUUGGGAGGCCAAUGGCAAGCAGCAUCGCAUCUGGGGUGAGGAAAAGUCGUUGCUGGAUGUUUUUGGGUAUGAUGUGGAGAAGAGGAUGUGGGAAUGUGUAGGGAUGGAGGCAUGUAGAAUAGACCAGGAGUUAUGCGGGGAUGUGAAGAGCUAUUACGAAACCGUAUUCGGAAUGAAAAUGCACAUGUAG